AUGUUUAUUUACGAAUCUUACCUAAUGACAAAACUGUUGGUUUUUACAGAAACACGACCACAACGCAAAGAUUACAAUCAGCUGUCAUCAAAUGAGAAGCUUGACAACAGACAAAUAGAGGAUAUACACAUUGAAGAGGCCGACGUGGAUUCAGAUGCAAGCAGCACAGACUUGGACGAGCGAGACACACGCGGCGUCUGCCCUCCCUGUGCGCAUGAUCGAUAUAACAACAACGUUCGACGGCACACCCAUGAGGAAUACAGCGAUGAUACUGAUUAUGGUGAAUAA